AUGCCGAGCCAUUCUCGCAGUCGUGAGCGACAUCGCGAUCGCGACCGUGAAUACACCCGUCGUCGACACUACGAUGAUGCAGACGACGUCGACGAUUAUGAUGCAGAUCACCACUACCGCAGACACCGUUCCCGCCACUCGCGGGGACAGUCACGAGGUUACGAGUUUCACGGAUACCACGAAUAUGAUGUUGACGAGAAUGAAUACGGGGAGGAAGACGAUCCCAUGGUCGACUACUACGGCCGGACGAGACGCUCGAGGCCUCGCGACGAGAGGACGAGGAUAGACAGGUCGAAAGCGAAGGAGUCUCCUGCCACGUCACCCAAGAAGAGGAGUGAUCGCGAGGGUCACAGGAGAAGAGGGGAUAGUCGAGGCGCAGACGGGAGUCCUACGAGAGGAGCUGCCAUGAUGAGAGAGCGAAGACAUCGCAACAGAGAUGGAGACGAUUACGACAGAGAGAGGGAAUUGCGGAGACAACAGCGUCGGAGAGAACGAGAACGUGAGCGCGCCGCGGAGAAGCACGCCAGCACGGACUCUGCAAACAGCGCGUCUCAGCUCCUCAGUGCAGAUGCGCUGGCCAAGCUGAAUAUGCAGUAUGAGAGGGAGAAGAGACGAGAGCAGGAGAGUGCGGACGAGGAUCUGCGAUACGAGAAAAGGCGCCAGCGGCGACGGGAGGCGCUGAAUGAGAAGGCUCCGGGAUACGAUGAAGACGAAACCGAGACUCCUCGUCGUUCCCAGAAACGGCGUCUUGUGUCAGGUGCCGUGAUGGAGGAGGGUGAGGGUCCUCGAUUGAAGGUAGGGCGACGAGGAGGGGGUGGCUCGGUCUUCAGCUGGGGAGGCGGGGAUGGAGACGACGCAAACGCCACGAAGAAAAAGAAACGGCUAUGGAUAGGCAUAGGAGUGCUGGCUUUGGUGCUUAUCAUCGUCAUUCCUGUGGCCGUUGUCGUCUCGAAGAAGAAAAGCACAGCUGCCAACUCUGAUCCUAGCUCCUCCAGCUCUCAAACCAAUCUCACUGCGAGCUUGGCAAAUGUCGAUCCAAAUAGCAUUCCACCGUCAGCAAAGGGGACGUACUUUGACCCGUUCACCUGGUUGGACACGAGGGAUUUCAACCUAACAUAUACAAACGAGACCGUGGGCGGUCUCCCUAUAAUGGGCCUGAAUUCCACGUGGGACGACUCUGCUCGACCAAAUCCUCACGUUCCGCCUUUGAACCAAAACUUUUCCUAUGGGACUCAGCCGAUCCGUGGCGUCAAUCUGGGGGGAUGGUUGUCGAUAGAACCAUUCAUCACGCCGUCCUUUUUCUCCAGAUACCCACUCACGGAUGGCGUCGUUGACGAGUGGACGCUAUCCCAGAAGCUGGGGUCGUCGGCAGCUUCCGUCAUUGAGAAACACUACGCCACCUUCAUCAGUGAGGAGGACUUUGCAGAGAUGCAGGCAGCAGGCCUUGAUCAUGUCCGGAUCCAAUAUUCGUACUGGGCGGUCAAAACGUACGACGGCGACCCUUACGUCCCACAGAUAUCGUGGAGAUAUCUUCUCCGGGCGAUCGAAUACUGUCGGAAAUACGGCUUGCGGGUGAAUCUUGACCUGCACGGUAUUCCUGGCAGUCAGAACGGCUGGAACCACAGUGGCAGACAGGGGCCUAUUGGCUGGUUGAAUGGCACGGAUGGCGAGCUGAACGCGCAGCGAUCGCUCGAAAUCCACGACCAGCUCUCUCAAUUCUUUGCACAGCCGCGGUACAAAAACAUCGUGACCAUCUACGGUCUCUGUAACGAACCCAAGAUGCUCUCCCUGCCGAUCGAAAGCGUGCUCAACUGGACGACGGCGGCGACGGAGCUGGUGCAGAGGAACGGCAUCACGGCGAUGAUCGCUUUCGGGGACGGCUUCCUGAACCUGAGCAAGUGGAAGUACAUGCUGAAGAACGGACCUCCGAAUAUGCUGCUGGACACGCACCAGUACACCAUCUUCAACACGGCCGAGAUCUGUCUUACGCAUCAAGCCAAGAUUAACUUGACCUGCAAUGACUGGAAGCCGAUGAUAGCGACAGUGAACAGCCCAACGGAGGGAUGGGGCCCAACCAUAUGCGGCGAGUUCUCCCAGGCCGACACGGACUGCGCGCAGUACCUGAACGACGUCGGGCAGGGCACGCGGUGGAUGGGCACGUACAACACAGGCAACUCGUCGACGGACGUGCUGACGCCCGACUGUCCAACAGCGACGGGGAACAGCGACGACAAGACGCCGUGCAGCUGCACGGAAGCCAACGCGGACCCGUCGACGUAUUCGGACGACUACAAGCGGUUCCUGCAGACGUACGCCGAGUCGCAGAUGUCGGUGUACGAGACGGCGUACGGCUGGUUCUACUGGACGUGGCAGACAGAGUCGGCGCCGCAGUGGAGCUACAAGCAGGCGCGGGCGAACGGGUUCAUGCCCAAGCUGGCGUAUGAGCCGUCGUUUAAGUGUGGAGAUGCGAUUCCGGAUUUUGGCAGCCUUCCGGAGUAUUAUUAG